AUGAAGAUCUUGACCGAAGGCUCGACGUCAAUCCUUGAGUAUAAAGGAUGGUUUAGUAGGAGAGGCAACGAUAAUGUCCCUAGGCCAAUUUUGGGAGUGGCUCGAUCAUUAGAGGAGAGCUUACAAGUGAUUUCAUCAGAGUUGGAGGUUAUGAAGCAAGAGUUCGAGAGAAAGGAUUCGAAGAUUGAAAAGAGGAUUGAAAAGCUCGAAGAGGAAAAAAUGUGCUUAAGUCUCGACAUUGAUGUUCAAAAGAUGAAAGUCGAGAAGGUCAAAAAGGAAAAGAGAAAGAUCGAGGAAGAUCGAGAUGAUUUAAAGACGCACUAUAAAAAGGCCCAGGUAAUGUUGAAAAGGGUCGGAUUAGGGAGAUCUCUAGAGCAGUGGCAGCAAGAGAUUCAGGAAGAAAGAGCCAAAGCCGACCGUAACCUUGCAAUCGAGUUAAAGGCAAGCUUGAAUAAGAUUGAGGAAAUGAAGCACGAUAUUGGAAGGUUGGGAGCAGCACUAUAG